AUGUCAUUUGAUCAUACAACCGACAACAAGCUUGAUUUCGAAACAUCAGAGACUGUACAAGUAGUUCCUACUUUUGAUUCUAUUGGAUUAAAAGAAGAUUUACUUCGUGGCAUUUAUGCUUACAACUUUGAAAAGCCCUCAGCAAUCCAACAAAGAGCCAUUUUGCCCAUCAUCAAGGGACGUGAUGUUAUUGCUCAAGCACAGUCCGGUACUGGUAAAACUGCGACAUUUUCCAUUUCUGCCUUACAGACGAUCGACACGACCGUGAGAGAAACACAGGCUUUGAUAUUGUCUCCAACGCGUGAAUUGGCCAUGCAGAUUCAAACCGUUGUCUUGGCCUUGGGUGAUUACAUGAACGUACAAUGUCACGCUUGUAUUGGCGGCACAAGUAUUGGAGAUGAUAUCCGUAAAUUGGAAGCAGGCGUUCACAUCGUCUCUGGAACUCCAGGUCGUGUGUAUGAUAUGAUUCGUCGUCGAGUUUUGCGUACAAGAAACAUCAAGAUGCUUAUUCUUGAUGAAGCAGAUGAAUUGUUGAAUAUGGGAUUCAAAGAUCAAAUUUAUGACAUCUAUCGCUAUUUACCUCCUGGUACACAGGUCGUCUUGUUAUCCGCCACUCUUCCCAAUGAUGUGUUAGAAAUGACCAACAACUUCAUGACAGACCCCAUUCGAAUCCUUGUAAAGCGUGAUGAGUUAACCUUGGAAGGUAUCAAGCAGUUCUUUGUGGCUGUGGAGCGUGAAGAGUGGAAGUUUGAUACCUUGUGUGAUCUCUAUGAUACACUGACGAUUACUCAAGCAGUCAUCUUUUGUAAUACAAAGAAGAAGGUUGAUUGGUUGACUGAGAAAAUGAGAGAAGCAAACUUUACAGUAUCAGCUAUGCAUGGUGAAAUGCCACAAAAGGAACGUAACGCUAUUAUGGAUGAAUUUCGCCAGGGAGCAAGUCGUGUAUUAAUCACAACAGAUGUGUGGGCUCGUGGUAUUGAUGUGCAGCAAGUAUCUUUAGUUAUCAACUAUGACUUGCCUACAAAUCGUGAAAACUACAUUCACCGUAUUGGUCGAUCUGGUCGAUUUGGUCGUAAGGGUGUUGCCAUCAACUUUGUAAAGAAUGACGAUUUGAAGAUUUUGCGUGAUAUUGAACAAUAUUACAGUACACAAAUUGACGAAAUGCCCAUGAACGUCACUGAUCUCAUUUAA